AUCUGCGGCUGGACUGAAGCACGAUGAGUUUUUCUUGGAGCGCGUUCGCCAACAGGCUCCGCCCCUCCUCCCUGGCGGCUCCGCCCCUCAGACGGCUGCUCCACGUCGGCCAGCGAGACUCCAUCACCAAAGCGUUCUCCUCCCGCGACGUGGCGCUGUUCGCCGAGCUGACGGGCGACACCAACCCUCUCCACGUGGACCCGGCCUACGCCAGCACCACGGCCUUCGAGACGCCCAUCGUGCACGGCGUCCUCAUCAACGGCCUGAUCUCCGCCGUGCUUGGCACCAAGAUGCCCGGCCCCGGCUGCGUCUUCCUGUACCAGGAGAUCCGCUUCCCGGCGCCGCUCUACGUCGGAGAGGAGGUUCUGGCCGAGGCAGAGGUCCGUAAGAUCAAGAUGUCGUUCGCCUUCAUCGCCGUGACGUGCUCUGCGAAGGACAAAGUGGUGAUGGAGGGGGAGGUGAUGGUGAUGAUGCCGGUGGAGCAGCAGGACCGCUGAGGAAGAGGAGGUGCUGAUGGACCGAUGAAGAACAGCCAGGUGGCUGAAUUGGGUCGGUUGGAGCUUUUCUCUUGGGUUUUCCUUUUAUUUAGUGUUUAGAGACAAUCAUGUCUGAUGAUGCUUGUUGUAUUUUGCUGCUGCUCUCAAUUUAAUAAAAAGGAAAUAUUUACAUUCAAAUUAAA